AUGUCAACUUCAUCUAUACACGAUAAUAACACCAACAAUGAAAAUGAUCAAAAUACAACUAAUGUAGUCUCAAAACCAAUAACUGUUAAAGAGCCUGUAGGCAAAGAAGAGCAAAUAAACGAUGCAGACAAAACGGACAACAAAGAACAAUUAACUAUAGAUGAAAAUAAGAAAGUAUCUAAAUGGAAACAUGUACGUGAAUCUUUAUGUCAAUUGUCAAAAACUUAUCCAUAUGAACAUUAUAAACUUUUGACAAUUCAUGCAUAUCAUAAUGAAACAUCAACGAAUGCUCAAUCGCAACAAAAUUUAGAACAUGGUGAACAACAUGAAAUAUUAUCAAAAAUAAAAGAUUGUGAUUUUACAGAAUUAUUAAAUUAUUUUGAACAUCCUGAUUUUCAUUGGUCAGAUUUACGUGCAUGUCAAUGUGAUGAUCAAGUAUUAACUGUUUAUAUUCAUCUUGUUGAUCAUUGUUUCAUGUUGAAUAAAACUCAAGAAGUUUUAUAUUAUAAAAUAAAAAUAUGUAAACUAUUAUUAAAAUGUAAUUGUUUACAACGAGUAUUAAUUGAAAUUGCAAAUGGACGAAAAUUAGCCAAUGAACAUGUUUAUUAUUAUCUCUAUUUUGAUUUAUUAGAAACAACAAUUUUAUAUCGAACACGUUGUAUUGCUAAUGCAAGAAAAUUAAUUGAUAAUGGUUUAAAUAGUUUAAAUCAACUUCAUAAAGAAGUUGAAGAAAAAUUACAAAAAGAACAAGAAAAAAAGAGAAGAAAAUUAUUUAUACAACCAAAUCAAACAGAUACGAUUGCUUUUAAUUUAUUAUCACGUAAAAUAUCAUUAGCAAAAGCUGACCGACAAUCGCUGGAUUUAGAUGAACAAAGUCGACGAUUCAAACAUCAAUUACUCCCGAUAAUAUAA